AUGGUGAAGGUGAUACUAGCUAAUGCUAUGGAUCUGGGACGACGAUGGGGUUUUGGCAGUAGCUAUUCUCGCGUACUUCGUGCUACAGAUUAUUCUUUAUACUCCAGUUCAACCUGUCCAAACGCCGCUGGAGAUUUAUGUCGGGAUGAAUUAUGUGUGGGGGUAUUGGGAUUGGGAGCUAUAGGGACUAUUUUCUUUACUCGACUGGGACUCUUGGCUACUAAUUUCAAGGCCAAAAAUGAAACAUCAACACUUCAACAGAAGACAAAGACGAAUGGAUUGGGAGAAGAGCCUCAAGAGGAUAAUGAAGGAGAAAGUAGAGAUCAAUGGCAGUUUGCGUGUGGAGUGACUUUUGUUGGUGGAAGAGUGGUGCAAUUUGGGGAAGUAGUAACGAGUGGACUGGACGUGGGGAAGACAUACCUUGCACCUCUUAAUAUGUUAAGGGUGAAGAAAGAGGAUCAUUCUAGUAGAGACGAUAUGCUGUUGCAAAAAAAGCGUAAUGAUAAGAUUGAGAUGCUAUUGAGAGUCUUUCUUGCUGCUGGGAUGCAUUGCGAAGUGCUGGGUGCAGAUGAAAUGCAAGCUAUGCUCUGGCGAAAACUGAUUGUAAACGCUGCAAUCAAUCCUAUAGCAUCUAUACUGAACACAUCGAACCGGAGUGUGGCUAGUAGCGAAGGUAGCCGCCGCUGUGUGACUCUGGUUGUGCAGGAGGCUCUCGAAGUUGCAAACCGUGAGAAAAUGCUGCUGAAUUGCUCCCAAAACGAACUAGUGGAAGAUAUUUUAACGUUGGCUCGCAACACGGGAGAUAACGUGUGCUCCAUGUUGGCUGAUCUACGUCGCGGCUCCAGGACCGAGAUUGAUACUAUCACUGGACGAAUUGUUGCGGGCGGAAAGCGGCACGGAGUUCCCACACCAACGAACGAGUUGUUGUUGUCACUGAUUAAGGCACUUGAGGACGAAAGGACACGAAAAGAUUGUGCGGCUGCCGUAGUUGAUUCCGAUUAA